CCGGUCAUCCUAUAAAAUCAGGAAAAAGGAAUCCAAAUCUCUCAGAAAACUGAUCAUUCGAAGAAGAAGAAGAAACAACAGCUCCGAAGAUGUCUUCACUUGCAGCUGCUAGAGCUGACAAUUUUUACUAUCCUCCAGAAUGGACCCCAAGCCAGGGUUCUUUGAACAAGUUUCAUGGUCAACAUGCGUUGAGAGAGAGGGCAAGGAAAAUAGACCAAGGCAUAUUGAUUAUAAGGUUCGAGAUGCCCUUUAAUAUAUGGUGUGGUGGAUGCAAUUCUAUGAUUGCUAAGGGUGUUAGGUUCAAUGCAGAGAAAAAGCAAGUGGGAAAUUAUUAUUCGACAAAGAUAUGGAGCUUUACAAUGAAGUCUGCAUGCUGUAAGCAUGAGAUUGUUAUUCAGACAGAUCCAAAAAAUUGCGAGUAUGUGAUCAUCAGUGGGGCCCAACGGAAGACCGAGGACUUUGACAUUGAGGAUGCAGAGACCUUUGAACUUCCUGCAGAUGAAGAAAGGGGUAAACUGGCAGAUCCAUUUUAUCGUCUUGAACACCAGGAAGAAGAUUUACAGAAGAAGAAAGAAGCUGAGCCGGUGCUGGUGCGUCUCCAGCGAGUAUCUGAUGCCAGGCAUUCAGAUGACUAUGCCCUCAACAAGGCUCUGCGGGCGCAACUAAGAAAUCAAAAGAAAAGAGUUGCUGAAGAAGAGGCUGUUUCAAGGAAAAGGGGCCUUGGCAUACGACUGCUUCCAGCGUCUGAAGAAGAUGCUGCCAGUGCAGCCCAUGUGAAGUUUUCUUUCAAGUUUGACAAAAACACAAAGGAUAAGCGAGCAUUGAUCAAAGCUGCUCCAAUCUUUCCCAGGUCAUCUGGGUCUUCCAUGUCCACUAAGAGACAGAUGGAAUUAGAAUCCAAGCGAAGGAAAAUCAAUGCAGCUGCGGCAUCUGACUUGCUGGCUGGCGUAUAUAAGCCUUCAUCAUGGUCACGGGGUGCUGUUACUUCAGGGAGGCGCAGGUGAAGUUCAAUAAUAGCAAAGACAAUUAUCGUUGACAAUUUACUAGAAUAAUGGGACCUUUUUUUAGUGAGCUUUAGAACCAUCUGGUGUUGAUUUUGCUUUCAGCAUAUAUUCCUGUUCAUGGUGGAAAUGGAGCGUGUACAUAUAUUAGUUAGAUCUACUGCUUGGUUAUAAUCUUUCACACUUGGUGUUUCAUUGUGUUGUAUUUACGAGCUCUUACAACUCAGAAUGUUGCUUUUUGAUCUUUUGUAAUGUGAAAAAGAAUGAAAACAACAGAAGGUUUGGCGGUGAUA